CCAACAGCCCCGUUUCAGCUACCCCGCUACCCGGGCACCCCUGACAGAGGCUUCAGACGUGACCCGGCUCAGCUCCCACACGUGUUUUGUCCCAGGCGGCACCAUGAGGCUGGCGAUUUUUCUGCUCCUGGGGCUCCUCAUCCUCAGGGCAGAGCCGGACACUGCACCAGAGGAGAAAGGCGGAGAGCUGCAGAAGCCGGGGAGGUGCCCACGGGACUUCACACGCUGCCUGCGCCUUGAGCCCCCGCUCUGUGCCAAAGACUCCAGCUGUCCUAGCCGGCACAAGUGCUGCUUCUGGGAGUGCCGGUUGCGCUGUACCCCACCGGCAGAAGAGAAACCCGGUGUGUGCCCGGCAGCAGCUCCUGAGGGGCUUUUCUACCCCUGCUCCUUCCCCUGCCUGGAGGACAAGGAUUGCCUGGGGGCACAGAAAUGCUGCGCGCUGGGCUGUGGCGCUGCCUGCCUGGAGCCCGUGCAGGACCAACCCAAACCUGAGGAGUGCCCCACGGCACAGCCAGGGUCAGCAGGGCCAUGCUGGGAGCGAUGCCGAGGUGACAGUGACUGUCCUGACAAGCAGAAAUGCUGCAACAGCAGCUGUGGCCACCAGUGCUUGCCGGCAGCUGCAGGUGAGGAUGCCAGCGCUGCACCAGCCACCCCGCAACUGCGCCACCAGCAGCAAUGCCGUCAGGACCAGGACUGUCCUCAGCCUGAAGUGUGCUGUCACCAGCACUGCAGCCAGGAAUGCCACGCGCACAGCCAAGAGGCCCCCACAGUCACGCCAGCCCAGCAGCAGGGGACGAGGUGCAGGAGCAACAGGGACUGUGGCAGCCGGGAGAUGUGCUGCGGCGGCCGGUGUGCAGGGUCCUGCGGAGCUGAGCUACAAGACAAAGCCGGCUUCUGCCCGGCCCACGCCGGGCUGUUCCCCAGCUACGACUGCAGAGCCUGGUGCCAGCACGACACUGAGUGCCCCGGCGAGCAGAAAUGCUGCCUGCGUGGCUGCGACUACAUCUGCCUGCCCCCGUCCCAAGAGAAACCCGGGAUCUGUCCCCUGGCUGCAGAGGCGCUGGCUGCCACAGGCUCCUGCGGCACCGCCUGCGCCGAGGACUGGCAAUGCCCAGGGGCUGAGAAGUGCUGCAACAGCACAUGUGGCCGCGUGUGCUCAACACCUGAACAAGACAAACCUGGAGAGUGCCCGAAGGUGAGGCUGCAGCAGAUGCUGGAGCCAUGCAUGGAGGAGGAUUCCUGCACCCACGACAGGGACUGUCCCCGGCAGGAGAAGUGCUGCUUCUCUGGCUGCGCCAUGCGCUGCACCCGCCCUGCCCGAGAGCACCCCGGGGAGUGCCCACGCACACAGCCCUGCUGGGACCCCCGGCGCAGGCGCAGGAACCAGUGCCUGGAUGACAGCGUCUGCCAGCGAGAGGAGAAGUGCUGCGACACAGGCUGCGGCUGGGCAUGCACGACUGUGCCCAAAGGUACAGGAGAAGCCUCUCGGGGGGGAGAGCCAAGCCCCCAGGGCAGCUGGGUGACCACAGAUGACCGUGCCCCUGCAGAGAGCCGGGAUGGGGCCGGCAAACGCUGUGUGGAGGAGUGUGAGGCCGACUCACAGUGUCCUCAGGGACAGAGGUGCACCAGCAUUGGCUGCGGCCGCAUCUGCAUGGACAUCCCUGGAGCUAUGUCUUGCCUUGCAGGCAGAGAGGGAGUGUGCCCCAUCCCCAGGGAGAUGGGGACGUGCCUGGACCUGUGCAGCUUCGACGAGGAGUGUCCCUGGGGCCACAAGUGCUGCAGCAAUGGCUGCGGGCGCGUCUGCACGCCAGCCUCGCUGCAAGAACGUGGUGCCUCUCUUGCACCCCAGCACAGAGCCAAGCGGUGCAGGGAGGAGUGUGAGGCCAACUCACAGUGUCCCUGGGGACAGAGGUGCAUCCGUAUCGGCUGCAGCCACAUCUGCAUGGACAUCCCCAGAGGCAGAGAGGGAGUGUGCCCCACCCCCGGGGAGAUGGGGACGUGCCUGGACCUGUGCAACUUCGACGAGGACUGCCCCUGGGGUCACAAGUGCUGCAGCAACGGCUGCGGCCGCAUCUGCACACGGGUGCCUGGUGAUGCUGCAUGAUGGGAGAGCAGCAGCUCCACAGCACGAAGGCACCUUUUUGAAGGGACACGGGAUGGCCACAGGCCUCCGCUGGCCUAUCCCCUCUCCAUGACCUCCAGCAAUAAAGCAUGCACGUGGCUGCUUCCAG